AUGUCUCCAAAACACUACACAGUCGAAGUGGGUAAAGCUGCUAACAUACAUGAAACUGCUCCAAGAAGAAAUGCAAAAGCAGCAGAUAAAGCCCUAAUCAGACCACCUAACAUGAAUUGUUCUACGGUUUAUGAAUUGAUCGUAGAAUGCUGUGAGAAAUGGGGGAACAGAAAUGCCAUGGGCUGGAGAGAUAUCAUUGAAAUUCAUGAAGAACAAAAAACAGUAAAGAAAUUAAUCGACGGUAAGGAAACAUCUGUGGAGAAAACUUGGCUUUAUUAUGAAUUGUCUCCAUAUCAUUACACCACUUUUAAACAAUUGAUCACUAUCAUGAAUCAUUUAGGUAAAGGUUUAAACAAGAUCGGAUUAAACCCAAAUACUGAAGAUAAAUUACAUAUCUACGCAUCUACAUCUCAUAAAUGGUUGAAAAUGUUCAUGGGGGCUCAAAGUCAAUCUUUACCAGUGGUAACCGCAUACGAUACAUUAGGUGAACAUGGGUUGAUCCAUUCCAUACGUCAAACUAAUUCAAGUGCCAUCUUCACUGAUAAUUCCUUGUUGAAUUCUUUAAUUAACCCAUUGAAGGAAUGUAAAGGAAUUAGAUACGUCAUUCAUACUGAUAAGAUUGAUCCAAAUGACAAGAGACAAAAUGGGAAACUAUAUAGCACUGCCAAUGAAGCUAUAGAAAAGAUUAAAGAAAUUAGACCUGACAUUAAAGUUUAUUCAUUUGAUGAAAUCUUGGAAUUAGGUGAAGAAAAUGAUAACAAUAUUGAAUUACAUUUACCAAAACCAGAUGAUUUAUCGUGUAUCAUGUACACUUCUGGUUCCACAGGUGACCCAAAGGGUGUCGUCUUGAAACAUUCAAAUAUAGUUGCAGGGAUUGGUGGUGCAAGUUUAAACGUCCAAGGUAUUACAGGGCCUACAGACCGUGUCAUUGCUUUCUUACCAUUGGCUCAUAUCUUUGAAAUGGCUUUCGAACUGUUAUCCAUACUAUGGGGGUCAUGUUUAGGUUAUGCUACUGUGAAAACUUUGACUAAUAAUUCUGUGAGGAAUUGUCAAGGUGAUCUUAUUGAGUUUAAACCAACAAUUAUGGUCGGUGUUGCAGCAGUGUGGGAAACUGUUAGAAAGGGGAUAUUACAACAAAUUAACGAAUUACCAAUGAUUACAAGGAAAAUAUUUUGGGCUGCAUAUUACGCUAAAUUGAAAAUGAAUAAUUAUUAUAUACCAGGUGGUAAUCUCUUGGGUAAUAUCGUCUUUAAGAAAGUUAGAAAUGCUACCGGUGGUAACUUAAGAUAUAUGUUGAAUGGUGGGUCUCCAUUAAGUAGAAACGCUCAAGAAUUUAUUACAAACUUAAUUUGUCCAAUGCUAAUAGGGUAUGGUCUAACAGAAACUGUUGCCAAUACUACUAUCUUAGAUCCAACACAUUUUGAAUUAGGUGUUGCAGGUGAUUUGACUGGUGCAGUCACUGUAAAAUUAGUAGACGUAGAAGAAUUAGGUUAUCUAGCUAAGAAUAAUCAAGGGGAAGUUUGGAUCAAAGGUGCCUGCGUAUUACCAGAAUACUAUAAAAAUCCUGAAGAAACUGAAAAGGCUCUGACUAAAGAUGGCUGGUUCAUGACAGGUGAUAUCGGUGAAUGGACUCCACAUGGCCAUUUGAAAGUUAUUGAUAGAAAGAAGAACUUAGUUAAGACCCAAAACGGUGAAUAUAUUGCAUUAGAAAAAUUAGAAUCCAUCUAUAGAUCCAAUCAAUACGUUCAAAAUAUUUGUGUCUACGCUGAUGAAAAUAAAGUCAAACCGGUAGGAAUUAUAGUACCAAAUCAUGCACCAGUACGUAAAUUAGCCAAACAAUUGGGUGUCAUGAAGGAAACUGAUGAUGACAUCGAACCUUACUUAACAGACAAAAAAUUGGUUAAUGCUAUCUUCCAAGAUAUGUUAAAGACAGGUAAAGAACAAGGUUUGGUUGGUAUCGAGUUCUUAGCAGGGAUCGUCUGUUUCGAUGAUGAAUGGACCCCCCAAAACGGUUUCGUGACUUCAGCACAAAAACUAAAGAGAAAGAAGAUCUUAGAUGCUGUGAAACGCCAAGUCGACCAAAUCUAUUCCAGUACUUGA